UUAAUGUGAUUGGCAGAUAAAAACAAAGACAGAUAAUAAUAUUUCAUCGAGGUCACAUGAUCGUAAUUAUUUUGCUCGGAUUAUUGCGAUUGAAUGUCCACGACGAGAAGUUAAUUUUAUGUUUUAAAAUAACUUUCGUAUGUAAUCUGGUCAAUUCUUUCCUAAUUGUACUUUUAUUUUGUGCAAGAAGCUAGAGGCGCAUUACCAGCCUGUGGUAAGGUGGUUUAAGCGCUGGCAAACACAACAGAAGUCCGUAAAGGGGUGUCACUUUGUACAGCUCAUACUCUGCCUGGCAGACGAGCGACGGUGUUUAUUAAUACCGAGAGAUUAUGGAUAGUACUGCAGGUGAAUAUGGCAAUCACAGUCGGGCCUCGUCUGAAGCUGACUCUAGAAAUCCUGAAACACGAUUGAAAAGCUUUAAUGCAUUGGUGAAAAAAGAUCGUUCGUUUUCCCAAGUUGACACACGAAACAACAAAGGAUGUGUGCCACUUUAUUUCGAGCGAGCUUCAUCUGCUUGGUGGUAUCCGAAAUUUGAUUCUUCUAUUUUGGAAAAAGAGUACCAAGAGUUUUCCUUUGUCAACAACCGCCGUGCAGUUGUUAAAAUAUUAAUAUACUUGCUUAUAGCUGCUUUAAUAUGGAUGAUUUAUUUUGGUGCAACACAGAAAGACGACAACCGGCAACCUGUUUUGAUCGCCAUUGCUUGUUUUGGUGCCGUGUUUUUCGCCUUCCUCGCAUUUGUGCAGUCCUCACAUUACCGCCAUAUCCCUCGUAUAGCUUCCCUGUUCCUAGCUAUGCUUAUAAUCACGAUUGAUUUGUUAUUUUUCGUGCGAAGGGUCGAGGAAUUUUCCGGCGCUGCACACUUCACGAUGUGUGCUUCAUUUAUUUUAAUAAUUUACACUAUGUUGCAUUCCAUACCGCUAUUUGUAUCAAUGAUUAUCUUGGCAUUAUUUUCGAUAGUUCAUGAGAUUUUGUACGCUUAUGUUGGUUUAAACGAAAGCGCUGAAAAGAUUGUAUGUACAGCCGUUCUACAUUUAGUUGUUCAUAUCAUCGCGAUUCAAAUUAGUUUCAUGGCUCAGGUACGAGAUCGUAGCACCUUCUGGAAGUUUGGCCAACGUUUGAUAGCAAAACGAGAAGCAGAAGUCGAAAAAUCGGCGAAGGACUCGAUGAUUCGUUCGGUAAUGCCGGAAACUAUCGCGACAGAGAUCGUUACCAAUUUUCAGAAGAAGGAACUAACAUUCCGACCCUUUAAAAUGCAUCGUAUGGAAGACGUUAGUAUACUAUUCGCAGACAUUGUAGGUUUUACCCAGAUGUCCUCGAAUAAGACAGCUGAGCAGUUGGUUGGACUUCUAAGUGAUCUGUUUGGCCGUUUUGAUCAACUCACAUAUGAACAUCAGUGUGAGAAGAUCAGUACGUUAGGUGAUGCCUAUUAUUGUGUGGCUGGCUGCCCUGAACCUAUUUCUUAUCAUGCAUUUUGUUGCGUCGAUAUGGGAUUGGCUAUGGUAAAGACAAUCAAAGAAUUUGAUGAAGAGAAUAAUGAGCAAGUUGGUAUGCGGGUUGGUAUUCAUACUGGUACUGUGUUGUGUGGAAUUAUUGGCAACAAGCGAUUUAAAUUUGAUGUGUGGUCAAAUGAUGUAACAUUAGCAAACAAAAUGGAAACUGCUGGUGUACCUGGGAAAGUACAUAUAACUCAAGCAACCAAAGAUUUCUUGGAUGAUACAUAUAUUUAUGAGGAUGGUAAUGGCAGCAGUCGGCAUGUUGCACUUGAGGGCAUCACCACAUAUUUGAUUCUCGGUAAGAAGAGAAAACAUGAGAAGAAGGGAUCAAGUCGACAUCAUAAAUCUGAGAGCAAGCCUGAGGAACCUUUCAAAAAGGUAUCCAUACGGAUUGACAAGAAUGAUGUUGUGCCCUCUGAAAGCUACCCUAAUUCUCUAUCAGUCCAGAUUCCACCUGAGAAUAAGAGUCCACGCGGCAGUUUGAAGCGUCAAAGUGAAGAUAUUUUGGAUUCUGAUAUCUUGAACUCAUCAUAUACAUCCGAGGAUGAAUAUGGUGGUCUUUAUAAUGAUCGAAGGCCUUCACAAGUGCUUGGUGGAACAAUAAAUGAGGCUAUUGCUCGGUUUAAGCUUCGAACAUCCAAUGAUAGAGAGCUGGUUGCUCUGAUUAAGGAUAGUGAAAAUUCAUUCGCAAAUCCACCAUUAGUGACAGGUUCAUUAUGGUUCCGAGAUAGAAGUCUAGAAGAGUCCUAUCACAAAGAAGGGCAAGACACAACUUUAUUGAGCCCCACUGUCACCACAUUUGCAUCACCCAAGGUUAACUUUAUAUUUGAUGUUUUCAUAUCUAUUCUGGUUUAUGUUUAUGUAGUUAUUCUUUGCUUUAUCAUGCUUAGUGUUGUUGGAUACAUAUCUAUUGCAAACUACAUAGUAUUUGCAUUUACAUGCUUGUUAGAAAUAUUUUUCCUAAUUUUCAACAUAAGUCGAGCAUAUCCACAGCAAUUGAAAUUCUUAGCAGCAUUUUCAAAGUUGCCAGGCUGGUUGACAAGUCAUAUUUCAGGCACAGUUUUAAUGUGCUUGCCAGUCUUAACCGUGAUGUUAAAUUUUACAGUUUGUGAUAAGGAUGUAAUUAGUCGUGACUUUGUAACAUUCUCUGCAAAUGCCAUGAUUGUCACAUUUAUACAUUUUUGCAACUUCACACAACUCAUUUCCAUCUUAAAAUCAGCUCUUGUUGCAGUACUUGCUAUUUUGUUUAUAAUAAUCACAACUACAGUAAGUUCAUGUGGUAAUGUGGAGGCAAAACUUGAACGAGAUAUGAUUCCCACGUUAAUACUGCUGACAAUUCUUAUAUUUAUCUUGAACUAUCGAAAUGACAUUGGCAUUCGCAUGAAAUUUCUUGUUGAUGCUGAAGCUGCAAAGGAUAAGAAAGAAGCCAAAAUGAACAAAGCCCAAGCGGACUGGUUGUUAGAAAGCAUAAUUCCCAGACAUGUCAUUGCCGAAUUACAAGAGGAAAAACUUUAUUCCAGAAACUAUGAAAAUGUUGGUGUUAUUUUUGCAUCCAUAGUAAAUUUUGGAGACUUCUAUGAGGAGAACUUCGAAGGUGGUAAGGAGUGCAUUAGAGUUCUAAAUGAGUUGGUUGGUGACUUUGAUGAUUUGCUUGAGAGACCAGAUUUUUCGGAGGUGGAGAAAAUUAAAACAGUAAAUGGUUCAACGUUCAUGGCUGCCUCUGGCCUGAAUAAUUCACAGGGGAAUGGAAAAGGAAAGAAUCAUUUGAAGCAGUUGAUCACGUUUGCAUUAGCAAUGAUGACAGAAAUUAAUAAUUUUAAUGAUCACAUGCUGGGAUUCAAAUUUAUCCUAAGAGUUGGUUUCAAUGCUGGACCAGUUACUGCUGGUGUAAUUGGAUCAAAUAAACUGUUUUAUGACAUUUGGGGGGACACUGUAAAUAUUGCAAGUCGGAUGGACUCAACUGGAGUAGAGGGUCGUGUUCAAGUUAGUGAAGCAUCAAAGAACCUGCUUGAGGAGUUCUUCGAUUUUGAAGAACGUGGUGAGAUCCCAGUGAAAGGAAAAGGGACAAUUAAAACUUCACUUCUUGUUGGUCCUCUCAGGAACAGGGAUGAAAAUGAAAUAAAUGUUGAGGUAGAGCAUUGAAUAUAUUGCUGAUGUUAUCGUCAACGUUGGAAAACUACUUCGUCAUAUAAAAGAAGCAGUUCGCUCUUUAGAAUUUAAAAAAGCUAUAAAAUAUUUCAUGUCUGCUUUGUACUGUAAAUGUCUAUAUCACAUCAACAGACUGAUCUUCAAAGAAGUAACAUUGCUAUUUAGUAUUGGGCGAUUGAUAAGUCUAAUUAUUCUAUUUUAAUGAAAUAAGAUAAUGUAUUAUAUAGCUAUUUAAUUAUUUUACCGAAUGAACAAGAAUAAAAGAUUGUAUGAUAUGUACAAUAUAUCUUGAAUCGUCUUUGCCAGUUCGUCUAAUAUGAAUUUAAGGAAUAAUUUCAUGAAUGCUUAGAAGAUAUUAUUUUCCUAUGAAAACUAUUCCUAGAUACCAUACUUGUAUUUUACUAGUGUAAUUUGGGGAACUUCACGUCCCUUGAGUAAUGCUAUUACAUGCGCAGUUUGAUAUGAUCUAUAUGUGAAGAUAAAUAAAACCAGUUGUAUCGUCCAUUACCACUGUAUUUAUAUAUAGGUAUCGUCUCAGACACCUUGUCCUUUCCACUUUUCACAACGUGGAUGUUUUCGAAGAUGUUCCUAUGACUCAGAACUUGCAAAACCAAUUUUUUUACAGGUCGUUUACCAAAACGAGUUGAAAAUUGAAAUGGACAAUUUGAAUGUAUGUUACUGUAAACUAACUCUUUGUUUUGGCGAUGAAAAGACGCUUCCUAAGAGCAUACUAACAUUAGUAAGAAUGUAAGGUUUGACGACGAAGUAAUGCAAAAUACAGAAAAUAUGGCCUUACAAAUUUAGCAAAAUUUUAUUCAUUUUUAGUGCAUAUGGAAAUUACUACUUUUAAGGCCGAUCGAAAUGGUAACAUUUUAAAGUCUAAGUAUAUAAAUUUGUAAUAAGUAAAGUCUAAGUAUAUAAAUUUGCGCUGU